UAAACAGUAGAGAGCUGCCAUUAUUGUUUCAUAAAGAAAUUUGACAAAAGAAAACAUUGUAUAAUGCUACUGUAGUACGUGCUGUUAGUGUGUUUUAGAUCGUUGUUUUAUGAGUGAAAAAAGUGGGCACAUUGCUUGUUGAGUGUCAAGCUUUGCUAGUGUUAUGGAAGAAUGGCUUGAUUUUGAGACAUGUACGAAGUGUUUUAGUUGGUUUACUGCAUUUUGAAUGUGAAGUUAACUACUGUGCCAAGUAAGGAGAACUGUGUGAAGAAUUUUGAAAAAGUGACCUUAGUAUUUACAGAUGCGUCCUAGCGAUUGUAAAAAAAAAAAAAAAAAAAAAAAAACCUGUAAUGUUUCUGAAACUGAAUAUAUAGGGAGCGGCAGUACUGAAUAAAUUGAGCUAAAGGUUGGUAUUGACACUUUAACAUCUGAAGGUGAGAAUGUAAACAUGCCGGUGUGGGUGUGGCUGGAGUUCAGGUAGUCGUGUGAACAGUGGACAGGAAAAAAUGCUCCAGGGGAAGAGACAUGAAACAGUAGUGCCCUUUGGAACAGCCAUGACUCAUACUUGAAGGACUAUCUUUCAUAAGAGAAAGUUCAGAGUCCCAUUAAACGAAACCUGAGACAGGCACGAGGACCCAGGACCACCAAAGGACUAAAGUCCUAUGCAAGAUGCAUGAAGUGGCACCAACGCCGGUGGCUUAACCACUGCUGCACCUCCUCAUCUCCAUAUUCUGCUCCUCUUAGUAUCCAAUCUCCUUCAGCCCUCCACCACAUCACACACAGUCUUUCCCCACAACACCCACACAAACACAGGCGCACACAUUCCUCCUUCAUCUCUCUCUCUCUCUCUCUCUCUCUCAUACACACAUACGCGCUCUCCUGCCUGGGGAUUUGAAGAUGUGACUGAGGCUGGUUUGUAAUCAGAUGAAAGACGAGUAUAAUCCCGAAGCUCCCUCCAUCUUUUUCACUGCUGGAGUGGGGAUGCUGAAGGAGAGGACAAGGGCCAGGAUGGGUGACGUGUGAUGGAGAGAUAUGCCGACGGAUUCUGCCUUUAUAAGGACCUGGACUGACGCUGCACCCUUGGGAGUCUGGGAUGACCGCAGAGAUCAUUGAAGAGAGAGUGGACAGGUAAAGACGGGGCAGAGAAGACAUUAAAAAGGAAGCUUCAUCUGUGACCGGGACACGAGCAGAUAUCUGAUGGCAGAGACUGGGCACACAGCGUCAUUCCCACCAGGGGGCCUCAUCCCCUCAGACCCUGUUGUCACAGUUGAGUGCAGUUCAGCAGAGGUGAAGCCUGAAGAUGUACUCCUGAAGAGCUCCAAUGAAGCAUCAUUCUCCCCAAAAGACCUCAAAGACAGCAGCCUGACUGACCAACAUCAAAAUAAACUUGCAUGUUCACUGACAGUACACAGGGAACAUGCCUUGUCCUCUCACAAGGACCUAAAAGAGAACAGUCUGUUAUCAAUACAAAGAAGCCACUCGGACAGCUUGCAGAUUUUCAAAGAGGCCACAGCUUCUCCUCUCUAUUGUGAAACAGGCGCCACUUUUUGCCAGGGACGAGACCAGGAUGUUUGUGCACAGUCGUUUCCUUCUUUAGUGUGUAAGCAGGCCAUGCCGCUUCAGCAGAGCAAUACGUUGACCACGUCCACCCGAGCAGGAAGUAGUGGGUCGGGCAGCCCCACUCAACUAGCCAAACAUGGCUUCAUUCAGAUCUGUGAAGUCAUUCCAGAAUCCACCUGCCCCAAAUUCGAAGAGGCUGUUUGUUGUAACUCACACUUCCACCAUGGAGCCGUCGAAGACACAUUUGCGGCGUAUUGCCACCCGCAGCCCAUUCCUGCCCCAGCGCAGCUGCUUCCACACUUGGUAGGAAUGGAGGAAAACUACAAGGGUCAAGUGUCAGCAAACAACCUGCUUGCUCUUCCUCGGCUUAUCUCAUCCGUCAGUGAGACAGGAUUGGAUGGUAAGCGACUCCUCCGCUGCUGCAAUCUGGACUGCUCUUGGCCUGGUCCGUUGCGUCCAGUUGGCACCCAACAGUGGGUGGAUGAAAAGACCACAAGGGAAGCGGAGACCAUGACCUCACAAAAUGAACUGAGAGAUGUAGGAGUGCAAGUGGGUCAGGACUCUGAGAAACAUCCCCAGCACGUGUUCCCAGAAGUGUGCCUGGCUGAGGAGAAGAGGAAUGUGUGUGGGAAAACGGUGUCAAAGAGUCAAAAGUCUCCUGUGAGGGAGGUGAAAUGGGAUGCAGAGGGCAUGACCUGGGAGGUGUACGGGGCCUCGGUCGACCCUGAGGAACUCGGACAUGCGAUUCAGAAACAUCUAGAGAUACAGAUCAAAGAGACUAAGGGAAUAGCGGCGAAGCUCUCACGCCAGAACACGACAACAUCCCAGCACAGCUCAGGAUCGACCCAGAAGAGAAAAAAGGGGUUACUGGGAUCUCUGCGCCGCCCAGGCUGCUGUUCUCGCACCACUGGUGCAGUGGACUAAAGAACAACCUAACUGAGACCCCAAAUAGAUAUUUUAAAUACUCUUGGGUAUAGAUUUGACAACCAAGUAAAGAAGAGGUUCAAAAUAGGGAAUUUUAGCUACAGUACUAUAGCAACAGUAAUACAUUUCAGAAAAAAAUCAUGUCUUCCUUUAAUUUUUAACACCUCACUUAAUUGCUGUAGUAGAUUGCUAAGUAGAUUAAAAAAAAAAAAAAAAAUCAUAAUUUAGAGAAAGAUUGUGGGUUAUUUUGUUAUAGUUUACUGCUCUUUGGUUUAUGUUUUCCAUCAGUAAAACAUAAUGAUUAUGACUAAGUUCCUGUCUUGCAUUAGUCUAUGUGGAAUCAUGUCCAUUCAAUUAAAAACUUGUAUUGUUUAAGCACUGUGAUGGAGGUAAGAGAAUACAAUAACUGUGGCGCUACCUGCUGGUCAAGGCAUGACAGUAACAUAGAGGGUAUCACAAUUUGUUUACAAUAUGUGUAACUGCUUUUAAAAGUGAAAUACUAUUUACAAUACGCUACUAAUCAAAAGUUUGGGGUCUGUAAGAUGUUUUUAAGUCUCUUUUGCUCACUGUAUUUAUUUUAUUAAAAUACAGUAAAAACAGUAUUGUGAAAUAUUAUUACAAUUUAAAAUAAAUCUUUCAUAUUUUUAUUGUAUUUUAAAAUGUAAUUUAUUCCUGUGAUUCCUCUAGUCCUCAGUGUCACAUGAUCCUGAUUUGGCUCUAAAGAGACAUUUCUUAUUAUAAAUGCUGCCUAAUAUUUUUGUGGAAACCGUAUUUUUUUUUUUUUUUUUUUGUCAGGAUUCUUUGAUGAAUAGAAAGUUCAAAAGAGCAGCAUUUAUUUAAAAAUUCUAUUUCUAAUUCUAUAACUUUCUAUUUUUUUCACAUUGUAAACGUCUUUAUGGUCAGUUUUGAUCAAAUUAAUGAAUCCUUGCUGAAUAAAAAUCUUACUGACCCCAAACAAGAGUGUAUAUUAAUAUUGAAUAAUAAUAGCCAAUUAAUUAUAUAUAUAUAUAUAUAUAUAUAUAUAUUACAAUAUUAGAUGUACAGUAGCAGGUGAGCUAAUUAUUUUAGUCCUUGCUUGUCAGUAGACAUUUCUUAUAUAUAUAUAUAUAUAUAUAUAUUUGCCAAAGCAAAUGAAUUAGAAUUGUAUUCUACUGUAAAAAUAAAAGCA